AUGGCGAGUCAGCCAACGCAGGGAAGCCAGAGGUUACAAAGAUGGACGGGACAAGCAACCGAACCGCAGUUGACCCAAGCAGCACCGACACAGCAACAGCCAACGAUGACCCAGCCACCACAAGUACCUGUAUCCGCUGUGCCCUCAAGGGUGUUCGAUCCGGAUGCAAGUCGCAGUAGGCUCGUGAUGAGGGCAGGCCAGUCCGCAACGCUGAGUACGACUUUGUCUCCUACGGCAGCACCGUCACAGGGAGUCCCAGCGGCAGCGACAGCAACCCCGAGUACCGUGUCCAUAGGCCAUAUCAUUGUCAAUACGGACCAUUUCGUCCGCAUGGAGCUGGACGAGGCGAGAGAGGAGUAUCGAAUGGUCAGGGCGUACGCUGGGGAGCUCAUGCAGACGUUGUCUCGUCAUCAUUUCCCUGGCAGAGGUUGGGAAAGUGGCCCUGACCACGUCCGUGAGGGUGAUAUCAUCUUGAGCUAUGUGCUUGAGUAUCGAGGCAACACGACCGAGCCAGAUGCGGAUGCCAUCAACUGGAUGUUUGUGCUUGGGGGCGUUCUCAUGAUCAAACCAAGACCGCCUCCGAUGCCACGGCUCGACCACCUUUGGCGAGUCCAAUUCCAGGAUAUGGACAAUGAACGAGACAUGCGUAUGAUGUGGCAAUGUCAAACACCUACCAUUUGGUUCGAGUCGAAUGGCUCCUACAACUUCCUCAAGGACGGACAACCCGUUGAGCGCUACAUCCCGCUGUACGAAGACUACAUCCACUGCUUCAGCAUUCCGUACAAGGUCAUCGGCCGCGCCAUCAGCCUGGACGCCAUCGACGGAAUGCGCUUCAUCGAAAAGGAGAAAGCCUCAUACCGCUUGAAGUAUCUCGACGAAGCGCGCCGUAAGCGCGUGCUUGAAAUGAGAGAAGAGGAUAGGCUGAGAGCAGAGAGGCAGGCAGAAGAGGACAGACGUGCCGCAAUUUCACAUCAACGUCGGCGGCGUCGUCAAUGUGGGCAGCAGAGACAGGAUGGCCCCUUGGACUACGGCGAUGAGCUCCCUGAGGAUCGCGACACACGUCGAACCGCACGCCAACCGCGUGAUGCCCCUGCAGCACCGACUGCUCGCCAGAACAACCGCGCCGCUCGUGCUCGUCAAAUUCCAGCAGGCAAUCAGGCGCAGGUCCCAGGAGCCCAGCCUGCGGACAUUAGACAGGACGGCAUGACCCAGCACCGACCACUUCAAGCCCGCCAACAAAUAAGAUCCGAGAUCUAUGUUGACCCCAACGCUGUUCAAGCUGCGCCACCGGCCCCCAACCUCGGAUUGCGCCCAGGUACCAAGCGUCAAGGCGAACCUGCAGAGAACCCACACACGAAGCGAAUCCGCGAGGCAAAUAUCGGCAUGUCCACUCCGGCCGGUCAUGUCAAGCGAGACACGGACUUGAACAAGGUCCCCAAGGACGACAAUGAGGGCGACAAAGAGAAUCGCCAAGUCGAGAACGAUGAUAAGGAGGAGAAUGACAGUGGCGAGUAG